CCCCCCCAUCCCGGCAAUGGCCCUCUUUGUGGAGCUGGUCCUGGCAGCCCUCACCCUGAUGAUCUUCCCGUGUCCCCUGGGAGUAUGGGCCAGCAAGGCAGACCACAUGGGCUCCUAUGGGCCAGCCUUCUACCAGUCUUACGACGCUUCUGGACAGUUCACACACGAAUUCGACGGGGAACAAAUCUUCUCUGUGGAUCUGAAGAACAGGGAGGUGGCGUGGCGUCUGCCCGAGUUUGCCAACUUCCCGCGCUCCGACUUUCAGAGCGGGCUGGCCAGCAUUGCCAUGCUCGGAGCUCACCUGGACAUCCUGGUGGAGCGGUCUAACCGAAGCAGAGCCAUGAGCGUGCCUCCCAGGGUGACCGUACUCCCCAAGUCUCCCGUGGAGCUGGGAAAGCCCAACGUCCUCAUCUGCAUCGUGGCUGACAUCUUCCCCCCUGCGAUCAAUAUCACCUGGCUGCGUAACAGCCAGCCCGUCACUAGGGGCACGGCCCAGACCAGCUUCUACUCCCAGCCUAACCACAGGUUCCGGAAGUUCCACUACCUGACCUUCGUGCCCUCGGCUGAGGACGUGUACGACUGCAGGGUGGAGCACUGGGGCCUGGACGCUCCGCUCCUCCAGCACUGGGAGCCCCAGGUGCCGACUCCACCGCCGGACACCGUGGAGACCCUGGUCUUUGGCCUGGGCCUGGCUCUUGGCUUCGUGGGCUUCCUCCUGGGCAUCACGCUUAUCAUCACAGGUAACUUCUGAGAGAAAGCCGGGAGAGAUGCUCUGUGCAUUCCGGGGCUUCUGGGAGCUCCCUCAUGCUCAGCAGCAGCCUGCUACAGUGCUGACCUCCAGCGGCAUCACAUCAAGCUCCGUUCUACAAGACCCUCCUUUUCUGACUCCCAAACUCCCAGCAGAACUGUGGGGCACAGUCAGCUGUCCACCUGCCCCAGCGCGCUCCGCUGGGGACUCCCGGUCCAGCCACA